GCUCGCCAAGGGCCGGGGGUCGGAUCUAGCUGAGCGCUGCCCUCCGGAGCCAGCUACCCGUCUCCCAGGGAAACCGAGCCAGCACGCUGUGGCCAGCCGCUCGGCUCUGCAGCAGCCCGGCUUCCUCGCGCGGAACUGCCGGCACCUGGCGGUCGGGACACCUCUGCUCCGCCCUCAGCCCGCGAUCAAGACCCCGCCCAGAAGGGGCGCUCAGCUGCGGUUGAGGGGCUUGCGGUCCGCUCCCGGACUUUCUGCUGACGUCUGGGUCAGACCCAGCAGCACCUGGGCUGCUCCCGCCCGGGGCGCCACUCUGGCGCUGCGGAAAGAACUUUCCCCGGAGCCCACCAGCGGCCUGGCGCGCUGGGUGCGCACCCCGGACUCCCCCUUCCCCCACUGCCCGGCGAGCUCCCUGCGGGCGCCGGCUUCUCCGCGCCACCGCCCGCGGCUCCUCCGACUCCGGCUCUGAAUGUCCUGCAGAAGCAGCAGCACUGCGCUGCGGCGGCAGGGUAUUCUGGGGGACAGAGCUUGAACUUGGUCACCCCGGACCCGGGCAUGAGUUCCGAGGCCCCCAGACGGGAGCCGCGCCCCACCACGAGCUGACCGGCUGUCGCUGGGCUCGGUCCGCCGAGGCGCCGUGCGCCCCCAGCCUUCGGAAGGGCCGGAGCAGCAGGAUGCACGGGGCCGCGCCCGGUUCCUCGCGCGUUGCCCAGGCGGCGCCCGGGCGCUGACUCCCUGGCCCUCUCCCGGCUGCGCCCGGUGCUCGGCCGCCGACCUUGCCGGGAGCUGCACCUCUCGCCCUCGCUACGGCUCGGACAAUAAAUUAAAGCUUCGCGCCCGAGGGGAGGGGGCGGCUCGGCGGCUCGGGCGCUGCUUUCUCGAAGCCUAGCUGGAGACGGGCUCCGCCGACAUGGGCUGUUUCUGCGCUGUUCCGGAAGAAUUUUACUGCGAAGUUUUGCUCCUGGACGAAUCCAAGCUAACCCUCACCACACAGCAGCAGGGCAUCAAGAAGUCAACAAAAGGUUCCAUUGUCCUUGACCAUGUUUUCCGUCACAUCAAUCUUGUGGAGAUAGAUUAUUUUGGGCUGCGUUUCUGUGACAGAAGCCAUCAGACGUAUUGGCUGGAUCCUGCAAAAACCCUUGCCGAACACAAAGAGCUGAUUAACACUGGACCUCCAUAUACUCUGUAUUUUGGUAUUAAAUUCUAUGCUGAAGAUCCAUGUAAACUGAAAGAAGAAAUAACCAGAUAUCAGUUUUUCUUGCAGGUGAAGCAAGACGUCCUUCAGGGCCGGCUGCCCUGCUCGGCCAACACUGCUGCUCAGCUGGGAGCAUACGCCGUCCAGUCGGAACUCGGAGAUUAUGACCCAUAUAAGCACACUGCGGGAUACGUGUCAGAGUACCGGUUUGUUCCUGAUCAGAAGGAAGAACUUGAAGAAGCCAUAGAAAGGAUCCAUAAAACACUAAUGGGUCAGGCUCCUUCUGAAGCUGAGCUAAACUACUUAAGGACUGCCAAAUCCCUGGAGAUGUAUGGCGUUGACCUCCAUCCUGUCUAUGGAGAAAACAAGUCUGAAUACUUCUUAGGAUUAACUCCAGUUGGUGUUGUUGUCUACAAGAAUAAAAAACAAGUGGGGAAGUAUUUCUGGCCUCGAAUUACGAAGGUUCAUUUCAAGGAGACUCAAUUUGAACUCAGAGUACUGGGAAAAGAUUGCAAUGAAACUUCAUUCUUUUUUGAAGCUCGAAGCAAAACUGCUUGCAAGCACCUUUGGAAAUGCAGUGUAGAGCAUCAUACAUUUUUUAGGAUGCCAGAAACGGAAUCAAAUUCAUUGUCAAGGAAACUCAGCAAGUUUGGAUCCCUAAGUUAUAAGCACCGAUAUAGUGGCAGGACAGCUUUGCAGAUGAGUCGAGAUCUGUCCAUCCAGCUUCCCCGGCCUGAUCAGAAUGUGGCAAGAAGUCGAAGCAAGACUUACCCUAAGAGAACAGCACAGACACAGCCAGCUGGUUCAAACAGCCUAAACCGGGUAACUGCAAACAUGGAAAAUGGAGAGAAUGGGGGAACAACUAAAAUCAUUGCACCUUCACCAGUAAAAAGCUUUAAAAAAGCAAAGAAUGAAAACAGUCCUGAUACCCAAAGAAGCAAAUCUCAUGCACCCUGGGAAGAAAAUGGCCCCCAGAGCGGACUCUAUAACUCUCCCACUGACCGCACGAGAUCCCCGAAGUUCCCGUGCUCACGUCGCCGAAACCCCUCCUGUGGAAGUGACAAUGACUCCGCACAGCCCAUGAGGAGAAGGAAAGCCCAUAACAGUGGUGAAGACUCGGAUCUAAAGCAAAGGAGGAGGUCGCGCUCACGCUGCAACACCAGCAGUGGUAGUGAAUCAGAAAAUUCUAACAGGGAGCACCGGAAGAAGAGAAACAGAAUACGUCUGGAGAAUGAUAUGGUUGAUUCAGCACCUCAGUGGGAAGCCGUGCUCCGGAGACAAAAGGAGAAAAAUCAGUCAGACCCCAACAACAGGCGAUCCCGACACCGAUCUCGCUCGAGAAGCCCCGAUAUCCAAGCAAAAGAAGAGUUGUGGAAGCAUAUUCAAAAGGAGCUCGUGGAUCCUUCUGGAUUGUCAGAAGAGCAGCUGAAAGAGAUCCCUUACACUAAAAUAGAGACUCAGGGUGACCCAGUCCGAAUUCGGCAUUCUCAUUCACCACGAAGUUACCGUCAGUAUCGCAGAUCUCAGUGUUCAGAUGGAGAGCGAUCUGUUCUUUCAGAAGUAAAUUCAAAAACAGAUCUUGUACCACCACUUCCAGUGACCCGUUCUUCUGAUGCUCAGGGUUCUGGUGGUUCUACCGUUCAUCAGAGAAGAAAUGGGUCUAAAGAUAGCCUGAUUGAAGAAAAAUCUCAGCUAUCAGCAAGCAAUCUGGCUGGAAAGUACACAGCAAAAACAGUAAAAACUAUCCAAGCUACACGCCUCAAAAUAGAGACUUGAUCCUGGUGGAAGCCAGGGAGGGGAGUGGGAAGUGUGUGCUGCUGGGACUUCUGAAACUGUGAAUUAGACAGUAGUUCAAGUACCUUGGACUUGCCAAGUGCUACUUCAGCCUACAAAAGCAUCUUCUGCAGAUCUGACUCCAGCAUACUUGUGCUGAAGGGCCUUUAACGAGGAUAGUGCUCUUGACUUGAUGCCACAUCUUCCUUCCAUUAACAGGUAACAGCCAGCUCCAAGUAUCCCGGGUCUGCAUCCCUCAAACAAGGCCAGAUGCCUCUGAUGGACAUUUUGGACUGUGGCAAACUUGCUGCACAGUAGUGGGAAGCUUUCUUCCCAGCUCUGAGGGCUUUCGGCCAGUGCUGAGGUGCCCAAGGACUGAGCUCAUCCUCAGAUCCCGUAUUUGUAUGCCGAAGUUCUUUGUAGUAUUGUAUUUUGUGGUAUUGAGUUCCACUGGUAUUUACAAAUGUAAAAAGCUCUAAGUGUUGCUUUUUAAUUUUCAAAGUGUCCUCGUCAUGUAUUUUCUGAACAAAAGAAAAAGCUACAUGUCCCUGCCUGGCCACCUAACUUUCCUGCUGUCCUGGACUGUUUCCCUCCAGGUAACUGAUCAAUCUGCAGGGAAAAUGUGUUUAUGCAGGGCAUCGCUCUCCUUUCCUUACCAGGCCUCUCCAGUUACCAUCAACCCCAGCCCUCUACUGUUGCCCUUCUGCCUGUGCUGAGCUCCCUUUUGGUCUUCUGUGCGGUUUUAUAUAUUUAGCUUCUUUUGUUCACCAAUUUCCUUUACCAUUUGCUCUUAACCCUGUGACUGCUGCUACCAAUCCAACUCACCAAUCCUUGUCUAAACCCAACUUUGUUUUCAGCUAAACACUGGAUUGUACUCCAAUGUUUUUACUUAAAACCAUCUUCAAAGUGGAUUUUCCCCCCACUAUCCCGUUAGUUGCCCCUGGGCCUUACAACUCUCUCCCUUCAUUCCUUUAAAGAAAUUUCAUUUUGCUCUAUUACUCUGACCAUCUUAACUUUACAUUAUUGGGAUAUUUUUUUCCCAAGCCCCUUAGACCUAGGUUAUACCCAACAACUUUAAGCCUAAGUCUACAGCAGCUAUUUUACCAUGCCACCUGGAUUUUUCAAAGCUUAUUUUAAACACUGCCUACCAGCCAAAUCUAACACCACUAGGCUUGUACCAUGCCAUGUAAGCCUGUGGUCGUGGGUACCUUUUAUUUCACUACCAACCCAACUGGUCUAGCUUAGAUCCAACCGUGGUGGUCUCUCAAAUGGCCUGUUUGCUUUGAACUGUUUACCCCAGGUUUCCAUUUCUUGCUUUUAAUAAACCCCAAGCCUUAACUGGUCGGGCCUCUACCUACCUCUUCCAGCUUAUUUGGUGACACACUCCUUCCCACCAGCCGUCUAACAAGCCUCUCAUUGAGGACACAGCACCCACCUCACCAAGGCACUGUAGGGGAAAACAACCAAUCUGAUAAGACUUACUGCUACCUUUUCCUCACCUGAGGUCUCUCCAUGUCACCCCAACUUUGCCUGGCAAAAAUGGCAUCUACCUGUCAACGCUGCUUUCUCAGGUUUUCCUCACUUGGUCAAAUUCUGUCACAAGACUCAUUUGUGAAUUUUUAUUUCUGCCAUUCAGCUGCAAGCUCCCUGAAGGAGAACUGUGUUCUGCUUAUUGUGUUUCCAGCUCCUAGUACAGUGCUUUCAAUAAA